AUGGGGAAUUGCUUGAUGCAGCCGGCCAAGUUGGCUCAUGCUUCCUCUAUUACUUUUUCUUCUUCUGAAAUCGGAAAGUCUCAGGAUGAUGUCAAGCAAGAUGCCAAUAACGAUUCCAAACGGGUGCCAAUGGAAAGCCUCAACAAGUCGUUGAUAGCAUCCAAGUUCGAUGCAUCUGUUCCCAGCAGUCUCAAGGCUUUCAGCUUCAAUGAUCUAAGGAAUGCCACCAAGAACUUCAAGUCUGAAACGUUGCUUGGAGAAGGAGGUUUUGGUUGUGUCUUUAAAGGGUGGAUUGAUCAGAACACUUUCGCACCUGCUAAACCGGGAACUGGAGUUGUUGUGGCAAUCAAGAAGCUCAAGACAGAGAGCUUUCAGGGCCACAAGGAGUGGCUGACUGAAGUUUACUAUCUGGGAACACUUUAUCAUGAGAAUCUAGUUAAAUUGGUGGGCUAUUGUGCUGAAUCCGAUAAUAGGCUGCUAGUUUAUGAGUUUAUGCCUAAGGGGAGCUUGGAGAACCAUUUAUUUAGAAAAGGUGUACAGCCAAUGGCUUGGGUUACAAGGAUGCAAAUUGCACUUGAUGUGGCGAGAGGAUUGUCCUUCUUACACGGAUUAAGUGCCAAUGUAAUCUAUCGUGAUCUCAAGGCAUCAAAUAUUCUACUUGAUUCGGACUUCAAUGCUAAGCUCUCUGACUUUGGCUUAGCCCGCGAUGGCCCAACUGGCGAUAACACUCAUGUUUCAACUAGAGUAGUGGGAACUCGUGGUUAUGCUGCACCAGAAUAUGUAGCUACAGGGCACUUGACUCCAAAGAGUGAUGUGUACAGCUUUGGAGUGGUGUUGUUGGAGUUGCUAUCCGGGAGAAGGGCAAUGGACGACGAUAGAGUUGGUUCGGUAGAUGAGACGUUGGUGGACUGGGCGAGGCCUUUCCUGAUGGACACCAGGCGGGUCCUAAGAAUCAUGGAUACCCGAUUAGGCGGGCAGUACUCCAAGAAAGGAGCACAAGCUGCAGCUGCACUUGCACUGCAAUGCCUGCACACAGACCCUAAGUAUCGGCCUCCAAUGGUUGAGGUUAAGGCCACAUUGGAGAACCUCAACAACCCUAAGAUCGCACCAGCCACCCCUCCUACCCAAGCCAGUUACGGUUUGAAGUUGUUCCCUCUUUCGUCCCUUCUGAACUUGUUGGUCGGGGUACUGUCUAUGUUUCUGGAUUCGAUGUUCCGGAAGAGCUAUUCUCUUGCUCGAGCAAUUGGCUGUUGUAGCUGUUUUGGGUUCAUAAGGAGAACCAAGCGAAAACCGAGGCAUGUUCCUGUGAGCAAUCCCAACCUAUCUCAGGAAUUUUUGUUAGAUGAAGAGAUUGAUGUCGAGGACAAUGGCUCAUACAAUGGGGAAAUUACAGACUCUGUAUAUGGAGAUGAUGGAAUGGUGCCAUGCUGUACCAAUCGGUCUGAAGAUAUACUAAAAUUUAAAGAACUAAACGGAAUGGUUUGCAGGCAAUUUCCUGUCAAGGAGACACGGACACUAGUUCGUUCAGAGGAUGAAAAUGGGAAUAAAAUGAUCAAUGAGUAUGUUCGUGAAUGCAAAAUUGGUGCUGGUAGCUAUGGUAAAGUGGUUUUGUACCGAAGCAGUAUAGAUGGAAAGAACUAUGCAAUAAAGUCAUUCCACAAGUCUCAUCUUUUGAAGCUGCGAGUUGCACCCUCUGAGACAGCAAUGUCUGAUGUUCUUCGAGAGGUUCUGAUCAUGAAGCUGUUGGAACAUCCCAAUAUAGUCAAUCUCAUUGAGGUGAUUGAUGACCCAAACACAGAUCACUUCUACAUGGUUCUUGAAUAUGUUGAUGGGAAGUGGGUCUGGGAAGGCUGUGGCCCUCCUGGCGGCAUCGGAGAACAUACUACUAGGAAAUAUUUGCGAAAUAUUGUUUAUGGACUGAUGUAUCUCCACGCCCAUAAUAUAGUACAUGGUGAUAUCAAACCAGAUAACUUAUUGGUUACCAGCACUGGAGUAGUUAAAAUUGGAGAUUUUAGUGUGAGCCAAGUAUUUGAGGAUGAUAAUGAUGAACUCCGCAGGUCUCCUGGGACCCCGGUGUUCACUGCACCGGAAUGCUGUCUAGGUUUAACAUACCAUGGCAAAUUGGCAGACACUUGGGCAGUUGGAGUAACGUUAUACUGCAUGAUACUGGGACAGUACCCUUUUCUUGGAGAAACACUGCAGGACACAUAUGACAAGGCAAGCGAGCAAUUGGUCUUUUUUCAUAUCUUCAUCGUCCAUAACCCCUUAGUGCUUCCUAAUAGAAUGAAUCCUCAGCUAAAGGACUUACUCGAAGGGCUUCUUUGUAAAGACCCCAAACAAAGGCUGACUUUGGACGCUGUAUCGAACCAUCCUUGGGUUGUCGGAGAAGACGGUCCUAUCCCCGACUACUCGUGUUGGUGCAAACGUGCUAGGGCGGAGCGAGAAGAAUGUUCUGACGGGAGCAGCAGCAGAGACAACAACAGCAUCAGCGACGAAUUUGCAGAGAAUGAAGCCAACAACACAAACUCACAUGACCUCCUUCACUGACUCAAAAGUUUCUGUCUCCAGCUUGCUUUUUUUCUUUCUUUCUUUUUUGAGUUCCUUUAGUGAUAUGGUAUUUUAUUGUGUCCUUAAUGUACAGUGGAAGAACCUGUCGACUGUCCUUAUGAUCAAGGGAUGAAAAGAGGAACUCUCUUAUAAUUUAAGAGUAUAGAAGAAAGGUUGUGAAAGAAAUAGCUGAAUUUAAAAAUGGCCUUUGGAAGUGUAGGGUCAUGUGUUAUGAAGAUCUUAUCUUGUAGUUGGUUGAAGAUUAGGAAUACAGAGUUUUCUUUGAUAGUGUUGUGAAACCAUAAGUCUGUUUAUUUAGAAGAAAUG